CCCUCUGUUGACUCCAUUCCAAAAUUCGGAGGCGUACGCGAACGCAGCAUUUUGUCGUCCGUCCACUGUCUCGUGAAGACUUAGCUGUUAGCUAGCACGUUGGUUGACGCUAAAUAACAGCAGCGGAGAACAGAAACAAGAUGGCAGAGAAUGACGUUGAGAGUGAACUUCUGGACUACGAGGAGGACGAGGAGCCCCAGGGACUCCCAGAGAGCGGCACCCCCGCCAACAAGAAGGAGGUGAAAGGGUCCUAUGUGUCCAUCCACAGCUCGGGCUUCAGAGACUUCCUCCUCAAACCAGAGCUGCUCCGUGCCAUUGUUGACUGUGGCUUUGAACAUCCCUCAGAAGUUCAACAUGAGUGUAUUCCUCAAGCGAUCCUUGGCAUGGAUAUCCUGUGUCAGGCCAAGUCUGGGAUGGGAAAGACGGCCGUGUUUGUGUUGGCCACUCUGCAGCAAAUUGAACCUGUGGACGGCCAGGUGUCUGUUCUUGUGAUGUGCCACACCCGAGAACUGGCCUUCCAGAUCAGCAAAGAGUACGAGCGCUUCUCCAAGUACAUGCCCAGCGUCAAGGUGUCGGUGUUCUUCGGCGGCAUGGCCAUCAAGAAGGACGAGGACGUGUUGAAGAAGAACUGCCCCCACAUCGUGGUAGGAACCCCGGGCCGUACGCUGGCCCUCAUCCGGAACAAGACCCUCAGCGUGAAGAACAUCAAGCACUUUGUGCUGGACGAGUGCGAUAAGAUGCUGGAGACGCUGGACAUGAGGCAUGACGUGCAGGAAAUCUUCAGACUGACCCCUCACGAGAAGCAGGUCAUGAUGUUCAGCGCCACACUGAGCAAGGAGAUCCGCCCCGUCUGCCGCAAGUUCAUGCAGGAUCCCAUGGAAGUGUUCGUGGACGAUGAGACCAAGCUGACGCUGCACGGCUUACAGCAGUAUUACUGCAAGCUGAAGGACAGCGAGAAGAACAGGAAGCUCUUUGACCUCCUCGAUGUGCUCGAGUUCAACCAGGUGGUGAUCUUUGUGAAGUCUGUGAAUCGGUGCGUUGCUCUGUCCCAGCUGCUGGUGGAGCAGAACUUCCCUGCUAUUGCCAUCCACAGGGGGAUGGCCCAGGAGGAGAGGUUAUCCCGAUAUCAGCAGUUUAAAGACUUCCAGAGGAGGAUCCUGGUGGCCACCAACCUGUUCGGCCGAGGCAUGGACAUCGAGAGGGUCAACAUUGUCUUCAACUACGACAUGCCUGAGGAUUCUGACACAUACCUUCACAGAGUGGCCCGUGCAGGCCGGUUUGGAACCAAAGGCCUGGCCAUCACCUUUGUUUCAGACGAAGCCGACGCCAAGACCCUGAACGAAGUCCAAGAUCGCUUCGAGGUCAAUGUAGCCGAGCUACCUGACGAGAUCGACAUCUCCUCCUACAUCGAACAGUCCAGAUGAGUGUGUGGUCUGCGACCAGCGAAGACUGUAUCUGACGACUGUUGCUGUGAUGUUGUCUGGAGGGGAAGAAAAACCCAUAUUUGUUCAAAUAUACCCUACCCAACAUAAAAGUAGAGUUCAUAAGGCAUUUUUUUUUUUUAAACUUUCCUCAUGUCUUGCAGAGUGCUUGUUUUAGUGUUUUCCUUGUUGAAACCAUAUUUUCAAAAUAUUGUUUUGAUUAAAUAAAUACGUUUUUUUAACUUA